CCCCGCCUCGCCCCUCCCGCCGUACUGCGCAGGCGCGGCUGAGCGGAAGCGGCGCUGGGCGGGGGAGGUGGCGGCGAUGGCGGAGAAGUUUGACUCCCUGGAGGAGCAUCUGGAGAAGUUCGUGGAGAACAUCAGGCAGCUCGGCAUCAUCGUCAGCGACUUCCAGCCCAGCAGCCAGACGGGGCUCAAUCAGAAACUGAAUUUCAUGGUGACGGGCUUGCAGGAUAUCGACAAAUGCCGGCAGCAGCUUCACGAUAUCAGCGUGCCCUUGGAGGUUUUUGAAUACAUCGAUCAAGGCCGCAACCCUCAGCUUUACACUAAAGAGUGUCUGGAGCGAGCUUUGGCUAAAAAUGAGCAGGUGAAAGGGAAAAUUGACACUAUGAAGGGAACUCUUCCAGAAGGAGAAUUUCUACACUUGACAUCUCAGGUCUGGUUCCAUAGCUGGGAGGAGUAUAUCUGCAUGUAUAGACCACUGUUCAAGUUAGUGCUUCUGGAAGGCUUUAUGAGAAUAUACUCAUUCUCCCCAUGCAUUCUGAUACCUACAGAUAAGACAGAAGAAAGCCCAGCAACUUUAGAGUUUCUCCAGCUCAUAAGAGAGGUUGAGGCAAGGCAUGUGCUUUAAGCCCUGCUCUCAAAGUCUGUCAUGUCUUCACUCAGGCUGGAGGAAAAGACCAGAGAUACACAGACUGAGAUGACAGCAUGAACAGAAACUAUCUACAUGAAAGCACCCCAAAAAGCACUAGAGCACAGGUUGGAAGAAUGACCAGCAUCAAAGGCCAAUGGUGUAUGUGACAGAAAUAAAAUCAAUAGCAGCUGAGGAAGGUGCCUUGGCAGUGGAAGACCGGCACUCUGACAACAAGAGAAUGGCUGCAUGGCUAUAUCAUGUGGGUUGUGUCCCUCCCAUCCUGGAAUUCCAGCAGGAAGACAGGCUGCCCCCACAAGACACUCAAAAUGAGGAAAUAACAGAAAAUGGGCAGCUGCCUUGCCCAACAUUUUUGGAGGCUGUUGUAAGUGAAUUCCUGAGGCAAAAGAUUAUGCUUCAGGAACUGGGGACUCCUGAGGGUUGCAAAAUAAGUGGCCCAAUACAGCUACCAACAAAAAGAUUUCAGAAAACAUGGCAGGGAUUCAGUGGCUGGCACAUCUCAUUCUUCAUGUUAAGCAGAAGUGAUCCAUCCCAUAGUACCAGUGUAUAUGUUUAUAUGAGUAAAACUGAGCAAAGAAUGAUAAGAUGGGUGGAGAAUAUUUUUUUGUAAUUAAUGCCACCUUUCUCAUAGGGUUUUGUAUUGAUUUUCACUACUUUAAUUUGAAAGGGUUACAGUCCUUGUUUUUUGAAUAUAUCACUGUCACAUUGGGUAUUCAGCUGCUUCUAGGCAAGUGUUCUAAAACUUGAUCUAUAGUUGCCAUAAGUCUCUGAUUCAAUAAUCAAUAAUUAUUCCAUACAAAGUAGGACAGAUUGGAAUGCUGAGGGCUUUUCCAUGUCAGACUUCCUGGUAUCAAGAACGUUCCAACCCUUUAUUUGUGGGGGUAAGGUGUGGCAGAUUAAAGGAAGGUGAAUAUGCACAUGCAAAGGGUUCGAUUGAGGGAGCAAGGACUGAGCAGUAGUAAGCCAGUUCUGCUAACUCUAGUCUUUCUGCAAAAGCCUAAAAGUGAUCUCUGGCCCUUCCCUCACUCACACACAUUUGUCACAUCCUGUGAAGUUUGGUGCAAGGAAAGACUCCUGCUAUCAGCAGGGUACUUGUUGGUUGCUUGCAGUUCAAAUUAGCCUGUGAAGUGCCACUUGAGAAACUGCAAUGAAGUUUCAUGGAGUGAGUGUUCAAAAAGAGCUUUAGAUUCUGCUUUCCACAGACAGAGAAACACUGUCUCUGCAGCAUUGUCUCUGAUGUCAACCUCAGGGUUCUUAUAUAAAAGAGAUGACAGAAUUGCUUUCUCUACUCACUGUGUUCUCUUUCCUCCCUAGCUCCUGUCUGUGUACUGUGUGAGACCAUCCCCUACAGGACUUGAAAGAAUGGGAAUUGUUAGCAUGUAAACAUUGACACUUCUAGCCAGAUUUUUUUUAUGGCUCAGGCAUCAAGCAAAAUAGAACUUCUGAGAAUAUAAAAUUUGAAUCUAGGCACUAGGAGGGGUAACUGGACAACACUUGAGUGCAUAACUCCUUGCCUUGCUAGAAUGAUUAAUACCAUUUCUUCCUUCCUGCACUUUGACCGUCUCAGAAGGUCAUCUGGGUACUCCCAGACCAGUUCCACUUCUGAAAAAAAGAGAAGCCAAGGUGAUAUAUAUGUUCAUGCUUAACACAAAUGCAGUGCUACUAACCUUGUAAACCAGAAUACAGGUGGAAAUUAUUUGAUUCCCUCCUUCUAAUUAUAUAACUCAUUCUUACUUUUACUUGAAUACUAAGAAGCUUAAAGAGCAGCUGUAGCUCCAAUGAUCACCUAUUUAAUUACACUUUCACUAUGUAAGUCAGCAUGCGCAGGAGAUACCAUAGGCUGUAGUUGUAGAAAUCACUGAAUGGAACAGAUUAACUUAUUUUACUACUAAAUACAUGUAACUUUAUGAAUCCCUAGCUCACCUUUGUAACAUUCACCAGUUUUGUUGUGAAUAAUAAUUUGCUGGGAGCAUGUGUCUGCUUUGUGAUAGAAGCCAAAUGUGGAUUAUAAUCGUAAGCAUUGUAAUUAAAUGUAUAUAGAAACAGUAAAACAAUCCAAGCAAGGAAUAUUAUGUACAGACAAGCAAAUACACAAGCAAAAAUAUAAACAUGUAACAAGCAACAUAUAGACAAAUAUCAAUGAUUGCAAUGGAAACUGGUAAAGAUCCCAGAUCAAAAGCUAUCAGUGGAGGCUCUUAAUACAGACAGAUUCAAACCCACUCAUGUGAUAUUGUGUUCAAGUCUAUGUGCAAAGAGGAAGCACACCUUGUAUAUAAAGGCCAAGAAGUUAUUGUUAGGAAAAGUAAAAUCUUAAGUCUAAUUCAGGAAUCAUUAUUGGUCUAGAUGUAAUUAUUACAGAAAAAAGCUGAUAGAGAAAUAGGUCAGCAUCAACAUACGGAGGUGGUAGAACUAAAAGGCAAAGGUGUGGAUGGGCUGCCAGCAUGGGGUGAAAUCUGGUCUGUGGUUGUGUUCUUGCUGUUGUCUUCAGGAGUUGGACAGCUGCUGAGCUUUUGCCCCAGAUGAGGGUGUAUUUUCCAUGUGCUGAUGAAGGUGUAGGUCUUCAAAAAAAAAAAAGCAAGUGCAAAGAAAGCAAGUGCAUGUGUCCUAUUCCUGCAUCCAGCAUCUCACUGCUGUCAAAAAGCACCCUGAAGUUUGGGUCUGUUUCUGGAAGAAACUACUUGACAGAGACAGGAAUGGUCUGUUCAGACCCAUGUGAAUGUGCCUGUGGGCAGAGUGGAGUGGCUUUAGUGCCCUCCAGGGAUGAGCGUGUUGCAUCACCUAUAGAGAACUGCAGCAGAAGGCUUUGGAUGGGUUUGCCUAGAAAGGGAAGACCUUAAAAGCAGUGGUGGAGGUCAAGAAGAGUAAUAAGUGUUGAUGGCAUGUGACACAGAAGGUUGUCAAGAUGUCAGGAGAUCUCCAUGCAAUGCCUUUACUUACCCAGAUGGGAAAAAUACAGGAAAGACAAGGGGAAGGUGGACCUGCUCUCAGCCAAAAAGCAAGGAAAGAUUUCUGUCUCCAGACAAUGCUUUAAACCUGCAGGUGCAAUGUUGCUGGUGAUCCCAGAAAUGUGACUCGUUGUUGUCAGGGUGAACAGAGGCUCAGAAAGUUUCUUCUACAACUACUACUCUGAUCUCUUCAGUUUCAUGUCCUUUUGUUGAUACUUUAUUUGUUUUUUCUCUCCUCAUUUGUGCCAUUAUCCCAGGUGCUCUGCCAGCCCAUAUCUGCUCAGCUGGACUGCAGACCUCCACCAAAAGGUCUGGGUGUGCACCAUUACUUAUAUGUGGAAGAAAAAUCUGUCAAUACAAUGGAAGUCUGUGUUGUUUUUUCAUUGAAAUAAAUAUGAGAAUAUCUUCCCUAUAUCUGCAGCAGGGCAAAGCCAUAAGUUGACUCACAUAGUUGUUUGUGUGAGUUCUUCUUCCAUGACAACAACUCACUGGGGUCAGAAGCUACUAAGGACCCAUGUGCUAACUGGCAGAAGUACUACAGAACUUCAUUGGUUGUAAUUUUUAUUUUUUAAGUUGAGAGAAGGAAGGGUGUUUUAAAAAGGGCUGACAAGUGCUAAAGACAGGGUCAAAGUCAUCCACUGCUCUCUCUUUGUCCACAAGUCCAGUCAUUUUAUCACAGACAGCAAUCAGGUUGUUCAGGUGUGACCGGUGCUUGGUAAACCCAUGAAGAUUCUUCCUAAUUACUUUCUUCUGCAUAGGCCCAGAAAUGUGCUCCAAGGAGCCUUGGUCCAGGGUUUUUGCAGGCUGGCCAGCCUAUAAUUCCUGACCCUCACUCUCAGAUCCUUGUAGGCACUCCUGACCCCACUGAUCUCCUCUGGCAGUAUUACUGGCACCCAUGUGGAUAAGCAGCAGGGAGUGAUAGCCCAAGCUCCGUGGUAGCUCCUCUGCUGCACCUUGGAUCUGUGCCCCUGGCAAGCCAUGGAUCGAUCUAGAUAGCAAGCCAAGGAGGCAGAUGGGGACUUCUGUCCACUACAAAUGGAAACCUAACACUACUGCCCCCUGCCAUUGCCUCCUGUCAAUAGAAUGUGGUUUAUGCAUGGACAGCUUGGAUACUUCCACAGGUGCAGCAUUCUGCUUCUGUCCUGCUACCAGGUGACCAAACCUGUUCUGCAACUGUCUUGAAAGUGGUGAAGGAGCCACCUUCCACACGCCAUAAGUCAAGUUAGGCAAAUCAGUUGUAUUUAAUUCAGUCAAAAUUGUUUUUUAAUUCUCUUUCCCUUUGAUGUUUCAUAUCACAAAGACUAAGCUCAUGCAUUAAUGCCUCACUGCUAAUUGUGGCCAGUCUUGAUUCUUUGGUUAAAUAAUAACAGGGAAGUCAGUCUACAGUUUCCAAAAAUGCAUGCAAAUCCUUGAAUACCUGAAUGAUUUACUCUCUCCAGCAUUAAAAGGGAGGAGGAAGAGGGUUAUUCCAGAUAACACCACCAGACCAUCUCCUUCAGUAACAAGGCUCUGAAUACUUGCAGGGUUAGUAAACACCAUAUGCUAAGGAUACUGCAGAGCAUGUUUCAAAUUUGGAUGCUCUUGCAACUGUACUUUUCCAUUCAAAUGAGUUUAUGAAGCUUGGGGAUUAUUUUUGUUGCUUACCUGCUUCUAAUUUAGCUGCUAUGUGCUAACUGCAUAAUAGUCUCCAUAUUGAAAUAUUUGUGGAUUAUUGCAUUCAUUUUCUAUGUUAUACCUGCUUUUAGGGGCUUUUCACACAUCUAUGUUCUUCACUAAAUGAAUAAGAUGCGAAGAAUUUAAUUUGAGUCCCAGGAUGUGGGACUGGCCAUGAAUAAGGCUUGCAAGAAAAUAAUUUGAAACUGUAAAAACAAAAGAGAAACUUACAGCAAAUAAAUUUGUUCUUGAAAUUUC